AUGGCGUGGUGCUACUAUCGCUGGCGGAGAGUGUUAAUCUGUGUGUGCACACCAUGCAUCUCCCUGGCCCUGCUGUUCGUCUACGUUACCGUCAUGUUGUGUAUGGCCACGAAUGGAACAACAACGUCGGGCCUGGACGCCGUUCACUUCGUUGCCUCGGGAAACAACCCUAAAACUUUCUGGGAGCUCCACCUGCAUGGGGACGCCUUUUGGAACCGUCUCCAGCGGACCCUGGACAACCAUUUCAACCCCAUCCUGUGCCUCAACAACACCAAGAGGGGAUUUGAAAAUGGUACAUUUCACAAGCCCCUACUGACGCAAGGUUUCUCUAAAGUUAUCAACUCGGACAGCACGAGGAGAAACUUUGACCAGCUACCACAGCAGAUACAGGAGUUUAUAAGCCACAUGCAAAGGAGAGACUACCCAGCCCUCCUCCAGCCAGAUGGAGUGUGUGGAGCUGGGACAAAGGAAGAGAAGGAGGCCCCUCUGCUUCUCCUGGCCAUCAAGUCAACAGGGCAGAAUUUUUUUAACCGGCAGGCCAUUCGACGGACCUGGGGCCAGGCAAAAUGGGUAGCAGGACCGAAGAGGAACGGAAAUGGAGGAGAAGGUGGAGGAUACGUCCGUAGGGUGUUCCUGCUAGGCAAAGGAAGUACUGAGGAACUGGGUGUGAAUGCAUCUGUGUUAUUGCAGAUGGAGAGUAAACAGUACGGAGACAUUCUGCAGUGGGACUUCAAGGACACAUUUUUCAACCUCACCUUAAAAGAUGUGCUCUUCUGGAGCUGGUUCAAACGCUCGUGCGGCCGGACUCGCUUCGUCUUUAAGGGGGACGACGACGUCUUCGUCAACACCCCCAAAAUGAUAAGCUACCUCCAGGACCAGCUAAAGAAGCCACGAGCACACAAGACACUACAAGACUUCAUGGUCGGAGAUGUCAUAGCUGCAGCUGUACCGAUCCGUUUCAACAAGUCCAAGUACUUUAUCCCAGACAGUUUCUACAAGGGCUUCUAUCCUAUGUAUGCAGGCGGUGGAGGGGUGGUGUACUCAGGACUGUUGGCCAAACGCCUACACGACAUGUCUAAAAGGCUUAACCUGUUCCCCAUCGAUGACGUAUAUGUGGGGAUGUGUAUGGUUCGGCUCAACGCUCACCCUGUCCACCACCCUGCCUUCCUCACGUUUGACUUUCCUAACAAGGAAGAGGAGGAGCUGUGUUCCUAUCACACAAUCCUAUUGGUCCACAAACGAAGCCCCGACGAGGUAGUUAAACUGUGGGCCCAUGUGAAAAAGACACAGGCACAGUGUUGGGAUGUGCCCCUGAGAGAGGCAAACAAGUAGAAGAACAAACUGGAAGACCGUCCAAAGUUUCUCUAUUGAACGAUUUUGCCACGACGGUCUGAUAAAGUUGUAAAGAGGUGACACUGUAUUAACUACACAAUAUGUUAUGACUUGAUGCUGUAAAUCAAUAUCAUGACUAUCAUCAUGUCUACUCAUUCUUGAAAUUUUUUCAGUUAUAUCAGGGACCCCUAAGCUGAACGAGAGACCAAGUAGGGACCCCCUACCACAUAUAACGUAUAAAAUUGAGCUGCAUAUUAAACUGUGCAGAAUGGAUCAAAUGAAAUGGCAAUUAUAUAUGCAUCAUGUUUUAAUGUCAAACAUACAUCUGGAAAGCACAGUGACUCCUUGAGCUUAACUGUAUGGCUACCAGCGGCUAACUUACCUAUAGUAAGCUUAUCUUUAAUGUGUAAAUACAU